CACCCCCUGCUCCAGUGACUGAUGUAUCUCGAAGGGUGUGUGCCUGGAAGAACACAAAUGGAUUCAAGUUACAAGAAAGGAGAUUCCGAGUCAGCAUCAGGACGUGCUUUCUGAGAUGUCAAACUUCUCCAGGCUCUGCUAGUUAGGACUCCUGAGCAACCAUGGCAGACACCACCCUCCAGAUCGUUGAGCAGCCAGCAGUCUCUGAGGCUUCGGAGGAGCCAGCAGGUGAGACCGAAGAACCCAUCAAAUCUGACCAGAUCAAUGGCGUUAUGGUUCUUACCCUUCUGGACAAGAUCAUCGGAGCUGUUGAUCAGAUUCAGCUGACCCAGAGUCAGCUGGAAGAAAGGCAGCAGGAGAUGGAUGGGGUGGUGUCCAGCAUCCAAGGGGAACUUACCAAGCUCACGAAGGCCCACUCCACCACCAGUAAUACGGUCAACAAGAUGUUGGAAAAGGUUCGCAAGGUCAGUGUCAACGUCAAAACUGUCCGGCAGAACCUGGAGAAGCAAGCUGGCCAAAUCAAGAAGCUGGAAUCUAAUGAGGCAGAGCUGCUGAAGCGCAGGAACUUCAAAGUCAUGAUCUACCAGGACGAGGUGAAGCUACCAACCAAGCUAAGCAUUAGUAAGUCUUUGAAAGAGACAGAAAAAGAAGGGGAAGAGGUUGUGGUGGAUGAGGAGCACCCUGAAGACGAACAUAUUGAGCUCUCCUCAGAUGAAGAGGUGGAGGUGGAGGAGAUUAUUGAGGAGUCACGGGCAGAACGCAUUAAGAGGAGCGGUAUGAGGAAAGUGGAUGACUUCAAGAAGGCCUUCUCCAAAGAGAAGAUGGAGAAGACCAAGCUGAAGACCAGAGAGAACCUGGAAAAGACCAAGGUGAGGACCAGAGAGAACCUGGAGAAGACCAAGCAGAACCUGGAAAAGACCCGACACAACCUGGAGAAGAGGAUGAACAAGUUGGGCACCAAGAUUGUCACCAAUGAGCGCAGGGAGAAGAUGAAGACCUCCCGGGAGAAGCUGAAGAAGUCCUUCACCCCCGACCACGUGGUCUAUGCACGCUCCAAGACAGCUGUCUACAAAGUACCACCUUUCACGUUCCAUGUCAAGAAGAUCCGAGAGGGGGAGGUGGAAGUGAAGGCCACUGAGAUGGUGGAGGUUGGUGGGGAUGAGGCAGAGAACACAGAUCUGCUGAGGGGAGAAAGCCCUGAGAUGAGCACCCUCUUGCAUAUUAAAGAAGAGGCAGACACGAUGCUGGCAGACAAGAGUGACAGCGAGUGAGGCUAGAGUGGCAUUGGAAGACCAUCAAGAGCUGACCAUGUAAUCUUUCACGUUUCCCCUUUUUGGCCUCACAUGGGUGUGCACACACACACAAUAUAUAUAUAUAGAUCUUGCAGCCCCGCCCCCCAAAUGUGGCACCAAGGUGCAUUUUUGUAUAUUUCUGUUUCAGCAUAUAGAGCACAGGACUUCAUAGCAAUCCAUCAAACACCAUUCCUACGACUGAGAGCUUGCUUUGCCUGCCAGCCUGCUGUGGCAACACCCCCCCCCCCCGCCCACCCAGCCCAAGGUGCUAUCAGCAAAGUAAUCUAUUUGCAUGCCAAAUAAGCAUGCUGCCUCUUAACUAUUCUCCUUGGGGUUCAAGAAUGCUUCCAGGGACCAGAAGACAAGAUUGGACAGACAGAAGGAAGAGCAGCGUGAUGCAGAACUGAAAGAAAGGGGGGUUUGGCACAGUACUUUACUGAACUGGGGGAGGAAAAGUGACUGGGGAGGGGUGCAAAUGUGAUGCCAUGCGAUGGUACAAGAGGGAGGUCUGUGCACCCCGCAAACCAUUUUUCAAGAGAUUAUUUUUUUAUGCAGUCACACUCAAAGGGCCUUAUAUUUGCACACAUGAAAGAACAGCAGCUGCCGCUGUGCAUGCUGGAAGGAGGAGAGGAGAGGAAAGGAAAGGUGUCCAGGCAGGGUCCCCUCCAAGCUAUUUGUACUGUUUGCUGGGCCUGGCCAGGAGCCACCCUUGCAACAUGGCUCCAGUGGUCAGUGCUCAUUUCCUGGGUUAGGGCAUGGUGGGGAGUAGCAGACCAGUAGGUGUGGCUGUGAAAGAGGACAGAGAGCACAGAGAAAAGGUGGAUUGUGAGUCUUUGGCUGCCAGCAAAGUGUUAAUAGCAAGAGCCAAAACGAAACUCUUGUCCAGUCAACCAGCCACCUCAACCCCAGUCCCUGAGCUAGAUCCUGUGCACUGAAGGUGGCUUUCUGCAGUGCCUGGGUUCCAGGUCAACAUCUGUGCCAUCCUGCUAGGCUGACUUGCGGCAGCUCAUUUUUAACUCGGGCACUGAUAUUUGGGUGCUCUCCAGUGGGGUACCCAUAUGGGUUUGCUGUCGCUAUAUUGACUGAACUUGCUAAUUGGGGAGGGCUGUGGGGAGUGGCGUUCAGUGACCCAAGACGUCUUCGUUGUGUGGGUAAGGUGCUUCUCAGCAAACUCCCCACACUUCCUUAUAGCUACCUCUUUGGGCUU